UUACGUGUGUUAAUUAUGGACGCUGGGCGGUUUAACCCGGCGCGGGCUGUGUUUUAGUAUUAUAUUAAUAAUCCGCUGAAGCUGAGAUAAGCUGUUGAAUGAAAGUCCACCGUCUCUUUUAAAAUGUAGUAGAUUAGCUCGCUAGCUAAAUGCGGCAAAACAAACUGUGCUAGCUAGUUUAGCUUACAUUCGGGAGGUAAGCUAAGCUGUUAGUUAGCCACACCGCUAACCGUCAACUUAAGUACGAUAGGGCUAGGUUAGUUAACUUAGCUAUUUCUUUUUUAUAAACUGUGUUUUUUUUUUAAACAUAACCAACCGGUCAAGCCCUGUCUGUGGUCAGGCGACCAUACUGGUAUGAUGUUGUACCCAUCCACUCCUCUGGUCUCUGCCCCUGUCCAUCCAUGGUAAGAGGUCAGCAGGAAACGCCUCGUCUUCACGGCACCAGCAUGGAAGGCCAGGCCCCUCCCUCCCAGCCAGCUCAGCCACGCAAGAAGAGGCCUGAGGAUUUUAAAUUUGGCAAAAUAUUGGGAGAGGGCUCCUUCUCUACGGUUGUCCUUGCGAAAGAACAUUCAACGGGGAAAGAAUAUGCAAUUAAGAUCCUGGAAAAGCGCCACAUAAUGAAGGAGAACAAGGCGCAAUACGUGAAGAGAGAGAGGGAUGUGAUGUCAAUCCUGGAUCACCCUUUCUUCGUCAAGCUGUACUUCACCUUCCAGGAUGAGGAGAAGCUCUAUUUUGGUUUGAGUUAUGCUAAGAAUGGAGAAUUGUUAAAGUACAUCCGCAAGAUUGGCUCUUUUGAUGAGACCUGCACAAGAUUCUACUCUGCAGAGAUUGUCUGUGCACUUGAGUACCUGCAUCAGAAAGGCAUCAUCCAUAGAGAUCUGAAACCAGAGAAUAUUCUGCUCAGCGAGGAGAUGCACAUUCAGAUCACAGACUUCGGCACAGCCAAACAGCUGUCCUCUGACAGCAGGCAGGCUCGAGCAAACUCAUUUGUUGGUACGGCUCAGUAUGUGUCCCCAGAGUUACUGACUGAGAAAUCUGCCUGUAAGAGUUCGGAUCUUUGGGCGUUAGGCUGCAUUAUUUACCAGUUGGUUGCUGGAUUACCACCAUUCAGAGCGGGAAAUGAGUACCUCAUAUUCCAAAAGAUUAUUAAAUUAGAGUACGAGUUUCCUGAGAAAUUCUUCCCCAAAGCAAAGAAUCUAGUGGAACAACUUUUGUUAUUGGAUCCUUGCAAGCGGAUUGGCUGUGAGGAGAUGGGCGGGUACGAGCCGCUGAAGUCCCACCCUUUCUUUGAGUCGAUAAGCUGGGACGACUUGCACCUGCAAACUCCACCCAAGCUUACUCCCUACCUGCCUGCUAUGUCCGAGGACGACGAGGACUGCUAUGGAAACUAUGAUGACCUUUUAAGCCAGUUCAGCAGCAUGCAAGUGGCUCAGCCUGGCCCCACGCCCUCAGCUGAUGAGCCUUCUGAGAGUCUUCUUCCUGUAUGUAACCCUGCCCCAAGCGUGGAUCAGUUCAUCCAUAUUCAUGAGCUAGACAGUAACAGCAUGGAGCUGGACCUGCAAUUCAGUGAAGAGGAAAAGCGUCUCCUGCUGGACAAACAAAGCGCUGCAAACCCAUGGCACCAGUUUGUUGAGAAUAACCUCAUCUUUAAGAUGGGCCCCGUUGACAAGCGUAAAGGUCUGUUUGCACGGCGCAGGCAGCUGCUCCUGACCGAAGGCCCUCAUCUCUACUACGUGGAUCCGGUGAAUAAGGUUCUGAAGGGAGAAAUCCCCUGGUCACCAGAACUUCGGCCUGAAGCCAAAAACUUUAAAACGUUCUUUGUCCACACGCCGAACCGGACCUACUAUCUGAUGGACCCAAGUGGCAACGCUGACAAAUGGUGUAAGAAGAUCCAAGAAGUGUGGAGGACGAUCUACCACAAGCAUCAGAGCCCCAGCUUAUAGGAGCUCUCCUCUACGGCCACAUCCCCAGCAGCCCUUUGACCAAUCACAGAACAUACACACCCCUUGUACAGUCAGCAUUCUCUUUAUCUUAUGCGCUCUCAUUCUCGCUCUCUCCUUCCUUCCCUCCCUCACCCCGCCCCAUCCCCUUUUUUUUUCAAGCCCUGGAUCUCAGUGUAAGGGGUGUGUCCCCUCUGUUUGAUUGGUCUGCGUUUAGAGUUAAGGCGGGUCCUUUGCCCUCAUUGGCCGCAGUAGCUGGUCUAGCUGAUUCUGAUUGGAGGAUGUGGUGUUGAAUUUCUGUGGUGGGAGGUCCUGCUCCUCAAGUCGUUUAUGUUCCGAAUCAAAACUCCUUGAACAAAAAUACAUUACAGGAAAGAAACUCCAUCCCAAUCAUCACCACACCACAACAAUCACUGCAGAACUAUGGGUAAUGUAGUUCUAGAGGUAAAUGCAUCACCCCAGGCCCUGAGCCAAUUGCGCGACUGAUUUUUCAGUUAAUUUUUUUUUCUUUUCGAAACGUCUGCAAUGGGAUAAUGAGUGUGCGUAUGUUUCUGAGUGGAGACGUGUGCGUGUGCAUGUGUGUGUGGAUGGCAGAGAAAGAUUGGUGUGUGCGUGUUUUCGUGCGCUUCCUUCUCACUUGGCCGUUUUUAACAGGAGGGAGCUGGGCACAUGGAUGUGUGGUUUGCGUGCGUGCGAGCGUGUGUCUCCUCUUCCUGGUUGGUAACUGAUGACUGUGAUGUAUAGUUGAUGUAAUAUUGAACUUGGAGGGUGAGUAGAGCGAGGUGACUCUUGGAUCUGGGUUUUGUAUUUUUAUUCUUGUAUAAGGUUAUUGGGCUACUCGGUUCGGGCCCGGCUACUUCUGUGUUAUUUAAAUUCUAAUAUAUGAAAAUCAUAUUUGGAUUGAAGUCAUGUUCGAGGGCCUUGCUGUGUAUGUUUUGAAAUGUAAAGCCUUUGAAUGUGAAGAAUUAUUGUAAACUAUGAUAUUUUACAGCUUUUUUUUCUUACUAUAUCAUAUACAUUUUCUAUUUGCGCAGUGAUUGACUCAUAUUCUGAUAAUUUAAAGCCUGUGCAUUGGCAGACCCCACCAGCGCUGAGGGUGUGUGAGUGUAUGAAAGCGACAGUGUGCUUUUGUGUGUGUGUGUGUGUGUGUGUGUGUGUGUGUGCGCGUGCAAGCAGUUGGUGUGAACGGGCAUGCGUGAGUGGGGUCUGGCUUUGUGUUUGGCGCUGUGUGUAUUUUCCCUCUCAAGCUCAAGAGCUUGAUGACACCUAGAAUUGAAAUAAAGCAUGUAGGGGUUAAGGCCGACAGAAA